AUGACUUCGGUUAUUUCAGAUAACGAUGCCCAGCAACAUUUGUCGUCAACAACAGACAACAACCAUAAUAAUGAUUCGGUUCGAAAGCGAUAUGAAAGUAUGUCAUUUGAUGAAAUGACGCAACAUAUGGCAGAAAGCUAUCGACAGCUUUCCGAAGUCCUCGGCAAUCGUAUCAGCCUUCCUUCAGCUGCUUCGUCCGAAGGCGGUGCCGAUUCUUCUUACUCCCCGACCUAUGAUGUCCCAAGUGACAAUGACGACGAUGCUGACGACCUGAUGGAUCGCAAUGACUGGGAUGACGACAAGAAACGGUCAAAGAUGAACAAGAUGUUUUCACGUGCUGUUUCGAGUGGUGAUGUGGAUCGUGUGACGCAGUUGCUCAGCAACGACAAGACCAAGGAAUACAUUGAUGUGAAUGCAAAAGACGAGGAUGGUGCUACGCCCUUGAUUUACGCUGCAUGUUUUGGCAAAGUUGAGAUUGCCCAGGCAUUAUUGGAAGCAGGUGCCAAAACUGACAUUCAAGAUUCAUCUGGUUGGUCUGCUCUCAUGUGGGCUACCACAAACAAGCAUGAGAGCCUUGUCAAGGUGUUGAUGGAUCAUGGCGCCUCUGCUCAAACAAGAUCAGCCAAAGGCCGCACCGUAUUUGAUUUCGUCCAAAGCAGCAACAGCAAUGAAAAGAUUGCCGAAAUUCUCGCCACCAAUCCACGUGAUAGUUUAUCAUCCAGCAUGUCUUGUACUUCAUCCAGUGCUGGUGAUUGUGAUUUCUAUUACCAAUCCACCGUUGAAGGUUAUGAUUCAUUCAUGGCUGAAGAAGCUGAAAGACGCCAAAAGCUCUUGGAAACAGCCAUGGCUCUCGUUGGAGGCGACUCUACAUUGAUCGACAAUACGCAUGACGAUGACGACGAGAACGAUGAUUAUGAUAACGCCGCCUUCAACCAUGCUGCUAAUGACGAUGAUCAAGAUGAUGAUGAGCAGGAUGAUGAUUUGACAACCGAAUUCUACUGGGAUAAAUGUAUGCCUGACCAAAUGUUUGUGUUUGGCGGAGAUGACUUGACGCACAUUCUCGACACCAUGAUCACCAACAUUCGAUUGCCCAUGGAAACACAACAAGAAAUAUGUGUACCCGCCAAUGUCGUUUUCCUCAGUGCUCGUUUUGCUCAUUAUUUCUCUAGCUCGGAAUUGCUAGAUGAAGUAUUGGAAGGCGCUCUCUCAAGAAUGAGUAAAAUAGCCAAGGAAAAUGCCCGCAACACGGAUGCUCUUGCCUUUUGGAUGUCGAACCAGGUUCAGCUUUUGUAUUACCUGAAAAAGGACACUGGACUCGUGGUGGCUACGGCUGAAUACCAGCUUCGACUUUCAGAAAUGAUUUCUGAAACUUACACGAUGCUUAUUAUCAACACUGAACGAUCAUUACUCAAGAUGCUUAUUCCCGCCAUGUUGCACUAUGAACAAAUCUCGGGAAUGGAACAUGUGGAUUUUUCAGAUGACUGGCAACGUUUCUUCCGCCGCAACAACAACAACAAUAACAACAACAGCAAUAUGCCAAUGCGACGAAGUGCCAGCUCACCAGGUGCCAACAUUCCCAAUCAACCUCUUUUAUGCAGUGAUGAAGAUUCAGCUAUUUCACCUGAAUGCGUCACCGAUUUACUUGAAUCCAUUUUUACGGCUUUACAAACAUAUGAAGUUCAUCCCACCAUCAUGAUUCAAGUAUUAGCACAAUUGGUGCAUUUCAUGUCUUGCGAAUUGUUCAAUCGCAUCUUGAUCAACAAAAAGAUGCUUUCACGAUCAAAGGCGUUGCAAGUUCGCAUGAAUCUUUCGUAUGUGGAGGACUGGAUCCGCCACAAUCACCUGCCGGCCAGUCUACUAAGCUACCUAAACCCCACGACGCAACUCCUGCAGCUUCUUCAGUGUCUUUCGCAUCUAUCCGAUUUUGAAAGUUUUGUCCAGACCGUUCAAAAAUUCGAUGCCCUCAACGCACUUCAAGUGAAGCGUUGCAUUGUCAACUAUCGCUACGAAGUCAACGAGCCACGUGUUCCCGAUGCCAUCAAGGACUAUGUGCUUCAAAUUGCUGAUGAUGCUGUAAAGUAUAAGCAACAACGCCGUAAUACCAUGUUACGUCGUAGCAAAACAAGCAUGUCGCGAGUGGGAUCAUUUGCUUCAUCUAUGCAACGUUCGAGAUCACGACCUGAAAGCGUAUCAAGCUUUGUGGGAUCCAUUAUUGGACGUGUAUCAUUGCCGCCAACACCCACUACUGAGGAACCACCCACCACUACCAAAGAACCAUCAACAGAUGAACCCCAUGAAGAUGAUCAAGAAGCAGAAGAAGAUGACCAAGAUAUGCACGAAAUGCGAGACACCAAGUUUAUGCUUCCUUUUUCGGUUCCCACCACAGCCCACAUGGUCAGCAUCAAAGGUUGGGUGCCUGAUGGUACAGCACAACAACGACGAUGCGUGACACCUGUCAUUCCAGACAACUGGAUGGAGAAACUAGACAAGGCUAACUAUGCACAGUAG